GAAAUGACCUUCACCACGUUCCAGCAGGAGGACGUAAAAAGUGGCCUGAAUCAAAAACUGUCAGACCAACAUUUUUUUCUGCUGGGUAUGAAGGAGGAGGAUUCCAAAACAGCAGACACCAAAAAGCCUGGCAGAGUCCACGAGCAUGAGAAAGAAAGCACGCGUUCAGUCUGCCUUCUUGAACAGAAACGCAAAGUUGUUUCUUCAAACAUCGAUGUGCCUCCUGCAAGAAAAUCGUCAGAAGAACUGGAUAUGGAUAAAGUGACAGCAGCUAUGGUAUUAACAAGUUUAUCUACCAGUCCUUUGGUUCGCAGCCCUCCUGUCCGACCUAAUGAAUCCUUAAAUGGCUCUUGGAAAGAAGGAGGAUUUGUGCCUUCGAGUACCAGCAGCAGCGGCUACUGGAGCUGGAGCGCUCCCAGUGACCAAUCCAAUCCAUCCACCCCAUCUCCGCCUCUCUCUGCCGACAGCUUCAAACCUUUUCGAUUGCCCUCUCAAACUGAUGAUGGCAUUGAUGAGGCUGAAACUAGCAGUCUCCUCUUUGAUGAGCCCAUUCCGAGAAAAAGGAAGAAUUCCAUGAAGGUGAUGUUCAAAUGCCUUUGGAAAAAUUGUGGAAAGGUACUGGGCACAGCUGUUGGUAUUCAAAAACACAUCCGGACCAUUCACCUUGGGCGAGUAGGAGAAUCUGACUACAGUGAUGGAGAGGAAGAUUUUUACUACACAGAGAUACGUCUAAACACUGACUCAGUGGCUGAUGGAUUAAGUAGUCCGUCUCCCGUCUCCCCAUCUCUAGCGUCUCCUCCUUCUUUUCCAACCCAAGAUGUGAGCAAAAGUGAAUUGUCUUGUGCCAAAAUGGACACUAAAGGGAUGACCCCUCUGAGCCGUUCAGCUCCCACAAAUCUCUACCUCGUUCACACGGAUCAUGCUUAUCAGGCAACACCUCCGGUGAACAUUCCAGGGUCAACCAAGUUCACGCCCAAUGGAAAUAGCUUUAGCAUCUCUUGGCAGUCACCCCCAGUUACCUUUACUGGUGUCCCAGUUUCCCCAACUCAUACACGUCCUGCAGCGAGUGGAGAGCAAAAGCAACAGAUCCAGACCAUUCUGUCAUCACCACCUAGAGCAUCAGUCGGCCUGAGAAAACCAAGAGGAGAAGGCAAGAAAUGUCGUAAGGUAUAUGGGAUGGAGAACAGAGAUAUGUGGUGCACCGCGUGCCGUUGGAAGAAGGCAUGCCAGAGGUUCAUUGACUGAGGCAAGGAAAUGUGGAAGAUGCGGAAUGAUGUAUAGCAGGAAUUCUCUUGCUGCAGCUGGGCCG